GGUUUCCCUCUUUCUCUCUUCAGAUUUUCGAUUUCAUGGUUUAUGAUGGAAUGAUGUUAAUAUGGCAAUUUUAAUUUAAGUAUAGCUAAGUGAAGUGAAAUUUGAGUAGAAUUUGAUCAUCAAUUUGCUAGAAUCGAUCGAAUUUGGAGGUUGAAUUUCCGUAAUUGGGUUUGAGAGGAGAGAGAAAGAGGUUAAAGAAAUUGGGGAUUUUUAACAUUUCUUGUUAACAUUGAUAUCAUGUGACAUUGAAGGUUGGUUGAAGGUUGAUUAGGCGGAGAAAACAUAGUUUUAUGAGCACUUUGCUUACUCUUUGUCUCCUCAUUUUCGUCAAAGCUUAUGCUGCUCAUCUCAAGCGCUCCAGCAAGGUUCCUUCAGGUGUGAAGAACAUUGUCUGUCAAAGAAGAACUUGAAAUGGUCAACAACUUUGUGCCUGAAAUCUUGGAUGUCCAAUCAUCCCAGUCAAAGGAGAUUAGAGAGGGACUUGAAACAUUGUCUGUUAACAAAGAACUUGAAAGGCUCAGCAACUCUAUGCCUGAAAACGUGGUGGACCAAUCAUCCCAGUCGAAGGACAUUAGAGAGGAGCUUCAGGGAGCUCAGCCAGCCGGACCAAGUGCAAGUUCAGAUAAAGAAACUAAAGGCAGUUCUUGGCUGCAAAAAUCUCCGUGGACUCAGCUUGUGGCCGGUGGAAAGAGUAGCUCCUUUAGCAUUUCACAGAAAUUACCUAGAGAUCUACUUGAGAAGCAACAGUUAAACAAAUCAAGUGAUAGUGGCACUUCAAAUGGUUUUUUUAGUAGCUGCUAUUGAAGUUUAGGGUGCUGAUACUCGCAUCCCAAUCUGAAUUGCAUAAUCUUUUGAUUGCUAUGUAUAUUCUACAUUGUGUGUUUUUAUUUUUGUAA